CUCUGGCACUACUGAAGAAACUGUAAGUGAGGUUUUAUUCACACAAGACAAUGACAAGUUUAAAUCUCCACCUGAUCUGCUGCUCAAAACCACCUUCAUUUCGCCUAUCAGUUUCCCAAACCAUCGGAAACUCAUGUUGCUCCCUAAAAAUUUGGAUUGGCUGUGAGAGACAUCAAUCACAAAGCCCAUCCUCUCCUCUUCCUCUUCCAGAACUGGUUCACUUCCUGUAGGGCCUGAAAAAUCAAGUGAGAUGAAGGAUUGCACCAUACUACACAAGAGAAUACAGAAAGGACAGACACCACAGAUAGAUCCUCACUAUAACCCACAAACAACUGUACAACGGUGGGAAGAUAUCCAGUCCCUUCACAGCAUUGACCAACACAGGGAAGGUUGGGCAGUGUAACCAUCAUCUGGAAAUCGGUCAGCUGUGGGUGAUCAGUCAGGGUGAUACUGGGAAGAAGUGUAGUGGUUCCUAGUGUGGUGAGAGCUUCAAUCAUUCAUCGAAAUUCAUGAACUGCUGACUCAUGAAAGAGUCAGUUGAGAGGCAAUUCAAGUGCCAAGCUCAUUAGAUCCCUGAAUAACACAAGGACAGCCAGAUGGAAGAGAAACAAUUCAAGCAAGAGGUAUGUGACCAAGACUUCACACAGUCAUCAACACUCAUAGAUCAUCAAAGCACUCACACUGGGGAGAAGUUGUUCAUUUGUGAGGUCUGUCAGAAAGCAUUUCCCCGAUCCUGCGAUCUCCUGAAACAUCAGAGAAUCCACACAGGAGAGAAACCAUUCAAGUGUGAGGUGUGCGACCAGGCCUUCACACUAUCAUCAACACUUGUGAAUCAUCGACGCAUUCACACUGGGGAGAAGCCAUUCAAGUGUGAGGUGUGCAGCGAGGGUUUUGCACAGGCAUCAACCCUAUUGUAUCACAGACGCAUUCACACAGGGGAGAAGCCAUUCACAUGUGAAGUCUGCAACAAAUCAUUCUCACACUCAUCUUCCUUCCGAAAACACCAGCGCAUUCACACAGGGGAGAGGCCAUUUAAGUGUGAGGUCUGCGACAAAGCCUUCACCAGCUCAACAUCGUUCCUCAUGCACCAGAGGAACCACACAGCAGAGAAACCCUUCAAGUGUGAGGAAUGUGACAUGGCUUUCACGCAAUCCUCUGAUCUUCUGAGGCACCAGAGGGUCCACACAGGGGAGAAACCCUUCAAGUGUGAGAUGUGUGACAAGGCUUUCACACGUUCAGCAACACUUGUGAGACACCGACGCAUGCACACUGGGGAGAAACCAUUCACAUGUGAGGUUUGUGAGAUGGCUUUCACCCAAUCCUCUGAACUCCUGAUGCACCAGAGGAUUCACACUGGGCAGAAACCCUUCAAGUGUGAUCUGUGUGACCAAGCUUUCACACGGUCAGCAACACUUGUGAAUCACCGACGCAUUCACACUGGGGAGAAGCCAUUCAGGUGUGAGAUAUGCAACCAAGCCUUUGCACGGUCAUCAACACUUGUGAAUCACCGACGUGUUCACACUGGGGAAAAGUUAUUUGUCUGUGAGGUGUGUAAUGAGGGUUUUACACAAUCAUUGGCACUGGUCAGUCAUCAGCACAAUCACACAGGAGAAACUAUUCCUAUGUGAGUUGUGUCCUCUGAGCCAUUGGUAUCUUUGUGCACAGGAACAUAUUCACACAAGUGGAAACUGUUCACUUGUAAGACAUACUACAAAACUUUAUAAAAUCAUCAUAUCUCAUGCUCCAUCACAGAAUCCACAUGGGAGUAACUCUAUAAGUAUGAGGUUUGCAAUAAGACCUUUGUUUUUAACCUUCCUGAUGUGCAAUGUUUGUGAGACAGUAUUCACCCACUUCUUCAAUCUGACAAAGCACCAGUUAAUCCACACCAAUGAAAAAUCAUUCAAGUCUUACUAGACUUUGCCACAGGAAAGUGUUGUAAGAAAAAUCAUGUUUAAUAAUUAGUCUGCAGUCUCAUUACAUGUCAACCUAAUGUUUUAUAUGUUUUGAUUGUAAUCAGCAUCACUGUUUCCAUGAUGACUGCACCUGUUGUCUGUGAAGAUGCAACUGCAACCUGACAAGUGAAAUCUCCUACAUGACCUAAACCUAUGUGCAAUGCUAUGACUUAUGCAUUUUAAUUUAUUGGUAUAGCCGUUGCUGUGAACUCAAUCAACAUUGAAUGGACCACAGUCUGCAGCCGUUAACCUCUCAGCAAUGACCAUUUAUCAGUCAUACUCAAGAUGCAGAGGGAUGUUGAAAAUGUCCCUUUGUGUGAGAAAGCAGCUGUGAAUUUUGAAGUUUUCAGUUCUGCAUCCUGAAUUAGAUCAGUCUUUUAAUGUAGCAUUAACUUGUAAUGCCUAAAAGAAAAACACUUACUUUCCUUCAAAUUAUAUAAUAGCUGUGGUUCUGGAAGCUUACAAAUUAAAUAUUUUCUUAAUUAGCAUUGUGCAAUUUUUGCUCUAGUUACUUAUAAACAUGUAGCAGUUUUUGUCAGUGAAUCUUCUGACAUCCUUACACACUGUAACUCUGCACUGAUUUCUGCAUGCUAUGUGUAAAUUUUAUGUAUGAAAUAAGUUGGUGGCUUUUCUAUGAGUCUUAAAGCUAUGUGUGUUUUUGUAACUUUUGUUAAAUUUAAUUAAACUGUGUCAAGUAG